AUGAUUCCUUUUCGAGAUUUGCUUCCACAAAAUUUAUUCUUUCGUAAGCUUGGCGAGAUUAUUUAUCACUGUCCUAAAACAAUUGUAACGAUGAUCUUUUUUAUUUGCAUUUUGUCAUUUACUGGUUUACAUAAAUUGAAGUUCGAAGAUAACUUCCGUGAUGGUUUUUUUUUGAAAGAUUCAAAAUCAGUGGAAGAACAUCGGAUAUUUUCUGAGUUUCUCCGCCCUAUCAAAAUGCCAUAUAUGAUGGCUCUUAUAGGUGAAUGUACGCAACCAGGCUGCUCUAUGCUUGAAGAUGAAAAUUUUGAGAUAUUUGAAAACGAAACACUGAAAGCACUUAACCAACUGCACACCAUGAAGCAAUUUAACAGGACUUAUCACUAUUCACUUCAACAUCUUGUUACUUUUUCCAGUGAAUAUCACUUCUUUUGGCUGAAGAAUCGUCAAAAUUUAAACGUUAACAUCUACUUACUUGGUGAUCAUCUAGUAGACUAUGAAAUAGGACAAGCAUCAUUUUCAACACUUCAUUAUUUUAGUGCUGGAACUAUUGCUAUGAUUUUAACAGUAUUUUUUAUAAUACGACAUUACAAACAGAGUGAAACAGUAAAUAUAAUCUUAACUGUCACGAUAAUUUGUUGUCCACUAUUCGCUGGUAUAAUUACUUUUUGUAUCUUCUCUUUUAUGGGAAUUGCAAUCAACAGCACAAUGAUGAUUACACCAUUUCUUGUGCUUGGUGUUGGUGUAGAUGACGCAUUUUUAAUAAUGCGGUCAUGGUUUUACUCAACUUCAGCUGGAUUAGACCGAAUAAACCACGUAUUUUCUACUAUCGGGCCAUCAAUUACGUUAUCAUCAACUACU